AAAAUUAUCUUUCUCCCUCCAUUGCCAACUCCAUUCUCCUUUAUAUAUAAAUCCCACUCCUAAAACUUUCUUCAUUGCUUCAAAAUAAUUGCUUAACAACAAAUUAAUACAUUCUUAUUCUUCAAGCUAUACACACCAAUCCCUUUCAAAACCUUCUUCUACAAGAAAAAAAAGAAGAAAAUUUCCCCUUUUUUGAUGGAUUCUUCUUCUUUGACAAUAUCUCCAAGGAAACUACACUAUGAUUUAUAUUCCUAUUCAUACAAAGAAGAUUCAAACACCCCAUUAGUGAUAAAUGUUCUAGCUUCAUUAAUUGAGAGGAACAUGGCAAGAGCACAAAGAAUAGUGAAGAAUUGUUCUUCAAGAGUUUUGUCCAAAGCAAGCACAAAAAUCUUUGAUUGUAGAGAGAUUCCUGAUUUAACCAUUCAAUCUUAUUUAGAGAGAAUUUUUAGAUACACACGUGCUGGACCUUCGGUUUAUGUUGUUGCUUAUGUCUAUAUUGAUCGGUUUUGCCAAAAUAAUCUUGGGUUUAGAAUUAAUUCAAGAAAUGUUCAUAGACUUCUCAUAACAACUAUUAUGGUUGCUUCAAAGUAUGUUGAAGAUAUGAAUUUCAGAAAUUCAUACUUUGCAAAAGUUGGUGGUUUAACAACAAGUGAAUUGAAUGAGUUGGAGCUUGAAUUUCUUUUCAUGAUGAAUUUCAAAUUACAUGUUAAUGUGAGUGUAUUUGAGAGCUAUUGUUCCCAUUUGGAGAGGGAAGUGAGCAUUGGAGGAGGGUACCACAUUGAAAGGACCUUAAGGUGUGCUGAAGAAAUCAAAGAAAGAGGUCACACACAAAUUGCACGUGUAAUGUUGUAGAUUUUUUAGGGUAAUUUGUUGUUUUAUUUUAGAGUUGUGUUAUCUGGACACACAUUUCUGACAUCGUAUACUAUUGAGUGUAAGUAUCAAUUUUGGGAGAGACAACUCGAGGAUCGAGAUCUCUCAAAAAAAAAAAAACUCGAGGGUCGAGAGAAAACUAUUUAAAACUGAAAAAUCGUAUUUAAUUAGUAUCAAUGUAAUCGUAUAUUUGUGUAAAAAAAAACAUUUCUAUUUAUUUUAGGAUUUUUUAUUUUUGCUUGCAAAAUUAAGGAAGGUAGUUUAUGUGUACGUAUCAAUGUAAAUUUAAAUGUUUGUUGGGGGGAUUGAGAUUUUAGAACUAUAGGUAAGGCCAGCUGAGAGCGAUGUACCAAUUUGUAUUGUUCCAUCGUAAAGAAAGGCUAAAUUAUAUUUUUGAUCCCUUAACUAUUUAAUUA